GGUGCUCCAGGUCCUCUGGGGCGGCAGGGCCCUCAGGGGCCCCCAGGCUUCCCGGGCCCUCAGGGGCCUCAAGGACAGAAGGGCCAUAGAGGAGACGAGGGGCCGACAGGAGCAGGAGGACUGAAAGGAGACUCGGGGAGUGUCGGCGUUCCCGGUUUUCCAGGUUUAGAAGGACUCCCGGGUCACCCGGGUCCUGCUGGAGGUCCUGGUUUUCCAGGUCUGGACGGAUGUAACGGAACCAGAGGAGAGAGAGGAGACCCUGGACUCCCUGGAAGACCAGGACCUGAUGGAGAACUGGGUUUCGCUGGACUGAAGGGAUUUCCAGGAGAUCAAGCCGUGAGAUUCAUACAGUACGCUGGAAUACCUGGAGACGUCGGUCUGGUUGGACUUCCUGGUCGACAGGGUGAACUGGGUCUGGCCGGUCCGAUGGGAGUUCUGGGUCCUACGGGACCGGACGGGACCAACGGUAUCCCUGGUCGGCCCGGCUCCAGGGGUCCACCUGGAGAAAAAGGUCGAUCUCUGCCGGGACAGAAAGGAGACGAGGGGGAUCAGGGCCUCAGGGGGAGGGGCCUCAAGGGGCCGGGGCUGUUUGAGUACGUCGACCCUCCAGAAGACCUGUACAUCAAAGGAGAAAAGGGUACUCAGGGGUUUAAAGGAGUCUGUGGAAGGUCAGGACUGCCGGGUUUGGACACUCUCCAAGGGAUCAAAGGGGAGAAAGGCAUUGUGGGAUUUCCUGGUCCCAGGGGAUUUUAUGGAAACCCCGGUUAUCCCGGAGAGAGAGGGUUCAAGGGGAUUCGAGGAAGUCCAGGUCUCCCAGGUCUGAUUGGACGAGAAGGUCCUAAGGGCAUGCUGGGAGAUCCAGGUCCUAAAGGCCUCCCUCAGGAGGUGAACGUCACACACUCAGGUGACAUCGGAGAACUCGGGGCCCCCGGACUGAGGGGCCCCCCAGGAGACAUGGGGCUGAUGGGAAUGCACGGCCCCCCCGGAGCCCCCGGCAGAUCCAUACCUGGUCCGGAAGGUGUUUUGGGUCAGAGUGGAGUUCCAGGAUCCAGAGGGGACAAAGGAGAUCCAGGUCCGUUGUACAGAGACCCACCCACACCUGGAGAACCUGGAAAACCAGGAUGCCCCGGACCCAAAGGACUGAAGGGAGAACAGGGGAGACCAGGUAGUUACUGUUUUCCCGGGGCCCCAGGAGAGUCUGGGGAUCCAGGUGAUCAGGGGCCCCUGGGGACCAUGGGCUUCCCAGGGUUUAAAGGUGGUCCUGGCGCCUGUUCUUGUGGCCCCACAUUUAUAGUGAGGGGCCCCCCUGGCAGUGUGGGUGACCCGGGGUCUCCGGGGUAUCCAGGACCUCAAGUGGCCCCGGGGCCCAGAGGAGAGAACGGUUUUCCUGGAGACACAGGAGAACAAGGACAACAGGGCCUGGGUGGAUUUCCAGGUGUGAAAGGGUUCAAAGGUCAGAAAGGAGAUUUCAUCGUGGUGGAUUUUAAAGGUGAGAAAGGAAACCAGGGCCAGCUGGGCCCUUCAGGCAGACAAGGAUUCUCAGGGAGAAGAGGGCUCGAUGGGCCCCUGGGGGCCCCUGGAAACCCAGGCCCCGAGGGUGAAAGUUUCCCCAGUUCUCCUGGAGACAGAGGCCCCCCUGGUCUUUCAGGGCAAAAGGGUUCAUCAGGACCUUCAGGGCCCCCGGGGCGAGGUGUAGUCGGAGCAGUAGGACAAAGGGGGGACCCUGGGGACCCAGGACCUGAGGGACUCCCUGGCCCCCCAGGACCGAAGGGGGUUAGAGGGGACACUCUGCCCUGUGUGCCCAGAAACCCCGGACCCCCCGGAGAGAAAGGAGACACUGGAGAUGCAGGUUACAGAGGAAUGCCGGGUCCUCCAGGUUUUCGUGGCCUCACUGGACCUGAUGGACCCAAAGGUGACAAAGGCCGGCCUGGACUACCUGGACCACCUGGAGGACAAGGACCUCCAGGUUUUGUUGGCGAUACCGGAGAAGAAGGACCUGAAGGCUUCAGUUAUGGUGGAGAUCCAGGCUCUCCGGGGCUCCCAGGCUCUUCUGGACUCAGGGGCCCAGCGGGAGACUCUGAUGUCGGGCCCUCAGGACCCAUUGGCGUCCCUGGACGACCAGGCUCUCCGGGACCUAAAGGAGUCCCUGGCCCCCCCGGCAUCACCGGACUUAAAGGACUCCUGGGUCUGGCUGGGGGCCCCGGAGUGCAGGGCCAGAGAGGACAGGAUGGGGCCCCAGGCAAACCCGGCCCCCAGGGGCCCACAGCCGACUUCUGUGACCCCGGAAAACCUGGUUCCAGGAGCCUCUCAGGCCCUCAGGGGCCCAUAGGACCACCAGGUUUUUACGGGGAGAAAGGUGAGAUCGGGCAGGUGGGUCCUCCAGGUAUUGGCCCUCAAGGCCCUAGAGGUAAACCGGGCUCUCCAGGUUUCCCGGGGUAUCCGGGGCCUCAGGGCCCCCCUGGUCCCGGCGGAGACUCCGGGCUGCCGGGGUUCGAUGGUCAGAAAGGUCUGGUGGGGCCGCGGGGCCAGGACGGAGGGCCAGGGACCCCUGGACGGACCGGGGCCCUCGGAGCCCUGGGGAGGACGGGGGAGCGAGGGUCCAAUGGACGAGACGGAGGUCCAGGAUGUGAGGGCCGGAAAGGAGAGAAAGGCUGUAAAGGGGUCCUGGGGCCUCAGGGAGAGACCGUGGGGGUCCCCAUCAGAGGAGGCAGAGGGAAAGACGGACCAUCUGGCAUCAACGGCUUCCAUGGACCACGAGGAAAUAAAGGUGUGGGAGGAGCUGAUGGAAAGCCGGGGUAUCCGGGCAUCAACGGACCCACGGGCAUCGUAGGACUUCCUGGACCCCCUGGACGCUACGGACAACCGGGACCUCCAGGAUCACCGGGACGCACAGGACCACCAGGAUUCAUCGGCUUCCCAGGGGAGACCGGAGAUCCGGGUGACCUGGGGUGUCCGGGGAACGAUGGAGAACCGGGUAGCCAAGGAUGUACUGGACCCACAGGUGAUAAAGGAGACUCCCACGGUAGUCCUGGUCCACCUGGAGACAAGGGGCCUCCUGGAGACUUGGGGCCCUCAGGACCUCCUGGACCUCGAGGAGAUCCUGAAGGACCCGGUUUCAUCGGGGCACCGGGGCAGAGAGGAUGCAAAGGAGAUCUAGGCCAUCAGGGGGAACUGGGCCCACCAGGUGUGGUGGGUCCUUCAGGUCCCAGAGGUCGUUCCGGUCUUCCAGGUCUUCCUGGUAAGGCGGGUGCUGAUGGUCCUCCAGGACCUCCAGGCUUUCAAGGACUCCCAGGUCCUCCUGGACCACUGGGCCUCCAUGGACUGGACGGACUGAAAGGAGUGAAGGGAGACAUGGGGACCAGAGGUCUGGGUCAAACUGGUCCUCAAGGUUCUAUUGGUCUUCCGGGGGAUAAAGGUCCUCCAGGUCCCCCAGGACCCGUUGGUUCAUCUCAACCGGGCCCACCAGGACCCACUGGCACCCCAGGACCCAAAGGACCACCAGGGGAUUCUGGACCUCCAGGUGAAUCUGGACCAGACUGUAAAAGUCCAAUCCCAGGACCUCGUGGAGAUCCUGGUCCCGGUGGAACAGAUGGAGAUCCAGGGUGUGCUGGUGACGUGGGAGAUCCAGGCCAGAACCCUCCAGUACCUGGAGAUGAUGGGGACAACGGGGACACAGGGUGCCUGGGACCAGGGGGCCCACAGGGACCUCAGGGGCCCGAAGGAACACCAGGCAACCCGGGAAAUCCAGGAGUGAAAGGUUUACGGGGACCUUCUGGUCUGAUGGGACUACCUGGUAAUCGGGGUCCUAGAGGCUGUACCGGUCCCAAUGGACCUCCAGGACCAAGGGGAUCCACUGGACCGGUGGGUCCAAAGGGGGAAAAGGGACGGGUCUCACCCUGCCCGACUUACCCCCCCGAACCGGGGCCCCCAGGACCUCCAGGACUCCCCGGUAUGGAUGGAGAUGUCGGCAUCCGGGGAGAAAUCGGCUGGAUAGGACCCAAAGGUCGGAAGGGGGACCUCGGGUCUGAGGGACCCAUAGGCCCUGAGGGGUCCCCGGGUCCAGAUGGAGGCCGAGGAGGGCCAGGCCGGCUAGGGGAGAGUGGAGUCUUGGGAGCCAAAGGUGAUCCCGGUCCAAUGGGUGACCAAGGUCUUCCUGGACCAUCCAAAAACUUGAACUCGGGCUUCUUGUUGGUGUUGCACAGCCAAUCCAAGAUGGUUCCCUCCUGUCCACUGAACAUGAGGGUCCUGUGGGUCGGAUACAGUCUGCUGUACCUGGAGGGUCAGGAGAAGGCUCACACUCAGGACCUGGGUCAGGCGGGUUCUUGUAUGCGGGUGUUCUCCACCAUGCCGUUCUCCUCCUGUAACAUGGGAACCUGCUCCUACGCCAGCCGUAAUGACAAAUCCUAUUGGCUGUCCACCACGGCGGCCGUCCCCAGCCUCCCGGUGGGCGGAGCCUCCAUCGAGGAGCACAUCAGCCGCUGUGUGGUGUGUGAAGCCUCCUCCUCACCCGUCGCCCUGCACAGCCAGACCUCCACCCACCCAGACUGCCCCCCCCACUGGAGGAGUCUGUGGACCGGGUACUCCUUCCUCAUGCACACGGGCGCCGGCGACGAAGGCGGCGGCCAGUCUCUGACAUCAUCGGGCAGCUGUCUGACGGACUUCCGGGCCCAGCCCUUCGUGGAGUGUCAGGGGCCCCGAGGAACCUGCCACUACUUCGCCAACAUCUACAGCUUCUGGCUGACCCGGGUGGAGCGGACCGCCUCCAACCGAGACCCCGCCUCCUCCCCCACCACGCUGACCGAGGGCUGGCAGCAGAGGGAGAGCAUCGGGAGGUGCAAUGUCUGCAUGAGGGAGUGAGGAGGAGCACCACCUCCUCCACCUCCUCCUGCUCCUCCACCUCCUGCUCAUCAUCAUCUUCAUCUUCUGCUGCUGCAGAGUCUGAGAGGACGGGACUCGUUGGUUUGUCUCUGUGAGGAGAGACUGUCAUGUUAAAGAUAAAGCUGCCAAUCAAACAAUCAAUCAAUCAAUCGAUCGAUCUGGUCAGGAGUCACUUAGAGGAACACAAACACUCAAACUGGUUUAUUUUGUCACCAAACGUCAUAGCAGACGAUGAACUGGGUUCACUGAUGUCUCACCAGCUGUGUGAAUUCUGAUCUGUUAGAUUAAAUGAUAAUCUAUAAUAUAACAUUAACCCUAAAACAUGCAUCUCUUGCUUUUCACUUUGUUACGCAAAUAUUAAAAGUAAAAUAUUUCAACACUAAAAGCCUUGAAUACAUCACACGAAUAA